AUGGACUACGUCAAAUUCUGCGAAAGCGUCGAUAAGCUUCAAGGCCGCUUCAUCGACAGACUCCGAGAUGCAAUCGAAAUCCCUUCUGUAUCUUCCGAGACUGGCCGCAGGGCCGACACUAUCAAGAUGGCCCAUUGGACCAUGGCUCAGAUGAAAGAACUGGGCGUUGAGGUACGGCUCAAGUCUCUGGGCAAAGAAUCUGGAACAGACCUAGACUUGCCCCCGUUGAUCCUUGGCCGGUUCGGAAAUGAUGCCGAUAAGCCUACAAUCAUGGUCUACAGCCAUUACGAUGUGCAGCCAGCCAGUCUACAGGAUGGAUGGGAGCAUGAUCCAUGGACCUUGACAGAGAGUAACGAAGUUCUGCAUGGUAGAGGGACCUCCGACGACAAAGGCCCGCUGGUGAACUGGCUCAACAUGCUGGAAGCCUUUCAAGACGCGAACCAAGAAGUCCCGGUGAACCUGGCGUUUUUCUUGGAGGGCAUGGAGGAGAAUGGCUCAGUUGGGUUCCGCGCCGCCCUUGAAGACGAAGCAAACCAGUUCCUCUCUGACGUUGAUGCCGUGUGCUUGACCGAUGUGGCUUGGGCGAGCAACACGCAGCCAACGAUUCCUCGAGGUCUCAGGGGAGUCCUGUUCUACAGAAUCACCAUCCGUGGCGCUCAAGAAGAUGCCCACAGUGGCCUUUUUGGCGGCGCCAUUUCGGAGCCAAUGACUGACAUAGUCAAUAUCAUGAGCUCCCUUGUGGACUCCCAGGGCAAGUUGCUCAUUCCCGGAAUCUAUGAUGCUGUGCUCGAGGUCACUGAUGAAGAGCGAGAGUCUUAUGAGAAGCUACCGCUGACACCUGAAGCCCUGGAUGGGGGGAUCGGGGGUAGACUGCUCCAUGCAACGAAAGCAGAAACAAUUAUUUCCAAAUGGCGACAACCGUCUCUCAGCCUCCAUCGCAUAGAGAAUCUAAAGCCCGGGCCGGGAGCGACCACCUCAAUCCCCGCCGCCCUGGUCGGAAAGUUCAGUAUCCGGACAGUUCCACGCAUGGAGGCCAGCGAAGUGGAUGCUCUGGUUCGCCAGCACAUUGAAGCAAGAUUCAAGCAGCUUCAGAGCAAGAAUGAGCUUGAUAUUGUUUGCGUGCACCAGAGUGACUGGUUCUAUGAAGACGUCGACCAUUGGAACUACCAGGCGGCGAUCAAGGCCAUAGAACAAACUUGGGACGUUACUCCUCCAAUCACUUGUGAAGGUGGCAGUAUCCCAAUCGCUCUGGACAUGAAAAAGGUUUUGAAGAAAAACGUCCUCUUGCUCCCAGUAGGGAGGCCGACUGAUGGUAUCCAUUCUGUGAACGAAAAGCUAGACAAGAUAAACUACUUUAACGCAAUCAAAGUUUAUGGCUCAUAUCUCGGGGAGAUAGCUGCUCGAUGGCAGGGAAAAUGA